AUGCCAAUGACCUGGGAGGACAGGACAUCAUCCCUCAACACACGCUGCGUCCAACGAGCCAGAUGUAUAGAAGAUGACCAGGCACAGUUUGAGUCGGAAGAGUUGUGCAGUGACAGUGUGGAGAGGAUCGUGGUCAACCCUAAUGCAGCUUACGACAAGUUCAAGGACAAACGCGUCAGUACUAAAGGACUCGACUUCUCCGACUGUAUCAGUAAGAACAAAAGAGUGGGCUAUGAGUCUGGAGAAUAUGAGAUCUUGGCSGAGGGCUGUGGGGUGAAGGAAACCCCCCAGCAGAAGUACCAGKGGCUGGUCAAUGAGAUCCAGGAGCUCAGUCAUGAGGUGGAAACCACCCAGGCGACCACGAAGGAUAGCAGUGCAGAGGAGCGUCUGACCCCAGUAGUCCUAGCCCAGCAAGCUGCCCAGCUCAAACAGCAGCUGGUCUCUGCCCACCUGGACACUCUGCUGGGACCACAGGCACAUAUCAACCUAGCUGACCCAGACAGAGCACUGGCCGAGCGUCUGCUAACCCAGCUGGAGGRAGCGAGGAGCAGUAGGGGGAGUACAGGGGAGCGGAAGGCCUCAGCUAAAGCUCCUGAUGGUGUGGUGCUCUAUGAGCUGCACAGCCGGCCAGAGCAGGAGAGGUUCACAGACGCUGCCAAGGUGGCAGAGCUGGAGAAGCGGCUUGCAGAGCUGGAGACUGCCGUGGGCUCUGGAUCAGACAAACAGGGUCCUCUGAGUGCUGGGGUGCAGGGAGGCAGUCUCAUGGACACCAUGGAGCUGCUGCAGGCGCGGGUCAGUGCUCUGGACUCAGCCACUCUGGACCAGAUAGAGGCCAGACUGCAGAGUGUACUUGGGAAGAUGAAUGAGAUUGCAAAGCACAAGGCAACCAUCGAAGAUGCUGAUACACAAAACAAGGUGUCUCAGCUGUAUGACGUGGUGGAGAAGUGGGACGCCAUGGCAACCUCUCUGCCUCAGGUGGUGCAGAGGCUCAUGGCUGUCAAAGAGUUGCAUGAACAAGCCAUGCAGUUUGGUCAGCUGCUGACCCACCUGGACACCACCCAGCAGAUGAUCAACAACUCUCUGAAGGACAACGGAACACUGCUCUCACAGGUGCAGACGACCAUGAAGGACAAUCUCCUGUCGGUAGAAGAAAAUUUUGCUGCCCUGGACCAGGGAUGAAGAAGUUCAACAAAAUAAAUCUGCGUAGUUUGAAAAACUGCUCUUGUUUGAGUUUGGACAUUGUAGGAGAGGGAGAGAUUGGAGUCUUUUCCACUUCUCUCCCUGUCUGUCUUCAUCUCUUCCUCUGCCUUUUUUUUCUGGAAGCCGGAAUGUUUGAUCAAGUGGAUUAUAAUAAAAAAAUGGAGACCAAAUGUUCGUCUAUUCUCCCUUCCCACUCUUUCUUUCCCAUUGAAACAUGUUAUAUUUGGUAUGCAACGAAAUACACCACCCCACUAUACAGGAUCCAAUUGAAAUGUUUACUUUGGCUGAAAUGCAUUAUUAUUAUGGAGUGCUGCGGAUCUGACCUUUUGGGGAUCUUUAGUCCAGAAAAGAUCUGGAGCUUACCAAAGCUUCUGCACAUGUGCGGAUCACGUUCUGCGCAGGUGUAUAUUCUCCACUUUACGCACAGAACAGGCUACUCAGGCAGAUGAUGCUACUUUUAAUAGUCAGAUUAAAGCUCAAUGUCUGCAAGAUCACAUAAUGAUCACAUUAUUCUACAUAACAGAACCUAAUAUAAUAGCAUACAAUAACAUUACUGUAAACAGAAACAUUAUUCAAUAGUGAAGGAUAUUUCUUCAAGUUUUACAGUGAAACAUCCAUGUGGCAUAAUUCUGCAUAGUAACCAUGUGAUCUCUAUCAGUUUCAUGGGUAAAUGCAUUUAGGUGUUGAGUUAUACAGUGUUUUGAAGUAGCCUGUUGUUUUGAAUGAUGCACAGUGAAUMAAUUUUAGAUCAGAUGGUGUCAACUGUAGCCUGCCUGUGUAUUUUGUCUAGUGGCGCACGCGGUUCAGUUUUGGC